GCCAUGGCUGCUGGGCCCAUCUCCGAGCGGAACCAGGAUGCUACUGUGUACGUGGGGGGCCUUGAUGAGAAGGUUAGCGAACCACUGUUAUGGGAGCUGUUUCUCCAGGCAGGGCCAGUAGUCAAUACCCACAUGCCAAAGGAUAGAGUCACAGGCCAACACCAAGGCUAUGGUUUUGUGGAAUUCUUGAGCGAGGAAGAUGCUGACUAUGCCAUUAAGAUCAUGAACAUGAUCAAACUCUAUGGGAAACCAAUAAGGGUGAACAAGGCAUCAGCUCACAACAAAAACCUGGAUGUAGGGGCCAACAUUUUCAUUGGGAACCUGGACCCAGAGAUUGAUGAGAAACUGCUCUAUGAUACUUUCAGCGCCUUUGGGGUCAUUUUACAGACCCCCAAGAUUAUGCGGGACCCUGAUACAGGCAACUCAAAGGGUUAUGCCUUUAUUAAUUUUGCUUCGUUUGAUGCUUCUGAUGCAGCAAUUGAGGCCAUGAAUGGGCAGUACCUAUGUAACCGCCCUAUCACUGUGUCCUAUGCCUUUAAGAAGGACUCUAAGGGUGAGCGUCAUGGCUCAGCAGCUGAACGACUUCUGGCAGCCCAGAACCCACUUUCCCAGGCUGACCGCCCUCACCAGCUGUUUGCAGAUGCACCCCCUCCACCCUCUGCUCCCAAUCCUGUUGUUUCAUCAUUAGGGUCUGGGCUUCCUCCGCCAGGUAUGCCUCCUCCUGGCUCCUUCCCACCCCCAGUGCCACCUCCUGGAGCCCUCCCUCCUGGUAUACCCCCAGCCAUGCCCCCACCACCUAUGCCUCCUGGGGCUGGAGGACAUGGCCCCCCAUCAGCAGGAACUCCAGGGGCUGCCCAUCCUGGACAUGGACACUCACAUCCCCACCCAUUCCCACCAGGUGGGAUGCCCCAUCCAGGAAUGUCUCAGAUGCAGCUGGCCCACCAUGGCCCUCAUGGUUUAGGACACCCUCAUGCUGGGCCCCCAGGCUCUGGGGGACAGCCACCACCCCGGCCGCCACCUGGAAUGCCUCAUCCUGGACCCCCUCCAAUGGGCAUGCCUCCCCGAGGGCCUCCAUUUGGAUCACCCAUGGGUCACCCAGGUCCAAUGCCCCCACAUGGCAUGCGGGGACCUCCUCCGCUGAUGCCCCCUCAUGGAUACACUGGCCCUCCACGGCCCCCACCCUAUGGCUACCAGCGAGGGCCUCUUCCUCCACCCAGACCCACUCCUCGGCCUCCAGUUCCACCUCGUGGCCCCCUUCGGGGCCCUCUCCCUCAGUAAAUUCUCAUUCUUCUUCCUCCUGUUUUAUCCUUCCAAUAUCUUUUCGAUUCCUUGGACCAAUCAGAAUUGCUAUAGCUCCCUGGGGCUAAGGCACUAAUUCCUCUCAGGCAUUUUUAAGUAAUUUUUUCACAGGAGGUUUUUCUUUCUUUUUUUUUUCUAUGUGGGUUCCAAGUGUUUUGCAAAUACAUAGAUAAAAUAAAACUAAACUUGUUUUU